AUGGUCAGCUCAAGUUUUCAAGAAAGAGGCUGCACCUUGCAAACGCUUUUCGCUACGACAACCGGCUCCUCUGCAACAUCUAGUAAUGCGGUGUCGGUCAUCGUGGCUCUGGUUGAGGGGCGUGGUUUGGCCAGGGGGGAGAUCGGCAUGGCCAGCAUUAACCUGAAGUGCCCAGAGCUCGUCCUGUCACAGUUUGCAGACACCGGUACCUACGCAAAGGUCAUUACCAAACUCCAUGUGUUGGCGCCCUUGGAAAUUUUGAUGCCGGACACAGCCUGCGAUAAGGGCAAAUCCACAAAGCUCUACAACCUGAUCUCAGAAAACUUCCAGAAUGUGACACUUACAACUGUACAGAGAAAAUAUUUUAAUGAGAGGAAAGGUUUUGAAUACAUCCAACAACUCAGCGCUCCAGAAAUCAGCUCAGUUUUAAUGGAAGUUCAAAAUAAGUAUUACUGCCUGGCUGCCUCUGCCGCCCUGCUGAAGUACUUUGAGUUCAUGCAGAACUCUAUUUUUGCGCCACGCUCCCUCAAAGUGAGUUUCCAGGGCAGCGAUCACUCUGCUAUGAUCGACUCAGCCUCCGCCACCAACCUGGAGCUUGUGGUCAACAACAGAGAUCACCGGAGUGACCAGUGUUUAUUGGGUGUUCUAAAUUACACCAAGACCCAAGGAGGCGAGAGAAGACUUCGCUCCAACAUUCUGGAACCUCUUGUCGACGUUGUCACCAUCAAUAUUCGCUUGGACACAAUACAGGAAUUUCUGGAUGAUGAGGAGCUCUUCUUUGGUCUCAAGAAUGCCAUCGCACAUUUCCUGGAUAUAGACCAGCUGCUGUCCUCCCUCAUUCAGAUCCCAAAACAGGAGACGGUGGCAGUUGCGGAGGCCAAGAUCACGCAUGUGAUUCAACUGAAACACACUCUGGAAUUGGUGCCUCCUCUGAAGGUGGUGCUAAAGAACUGCAAAACAGCUCUGCUGUCAGCCUACGCCUCUCUUCUGGACGACAGCAGGUUUGACCUGAUUCUGGAGCAGAUCAAGACGGUCAUUAGUGAUGACAUCAACUACAUCAGCGGGAGCCUGAACAUGCGCACACAGAAGUGCUACGCCGUGCGGCCCAACAUCAACGAGUUCCUGGACAUCGCACGCAGAACAUACACCGAGAUUGUGGAUGAUAUAGCAGAGCUGGUGAACCAGUUGGCUGAGAAGCACGGCCUCCCCCUGCGGACCAGUUUCAGCAGCGCCAGGGGCUUCUACAUCCAGAUGAAGUUUCAGGGCGUGUCUCUGCCAGGGGGACAGCUGCCAGCAGAGUUCAUCAAGGUGAGCAAGUACAAGAACAGCUACAGCUUCACGACUCCAGACCUGAUCAGGAUGAACGACCGCUGUGAUGAGGCGCUCAGGGAGAUCUACCACAUGUCCUACGUGGUGGUGAGCAAGUUGUUGACGGUGGUGCAUGAUCACAUCCACUGUCUCUACAAGCUCUCUGAUGCAGUCUCCAUUCUGGACAUGCUGCUGUCACUCGCCAACGCCUGCACCAUCAAUAAGUAUGUGCGUCCCGAGUUUACGGACACGUUGGCGAUUAAAAAUGGCCGCCACCCGAUCCUGGAGAGCAUGUCGGGGGAGCAGCCGGUGUCCAACAACACCUACAUCUCCGACGGCAGCAACUUCAUCAUCCUCACCGGGCCCAACAUGAGCGGCAAGUCCACCUACCUCAAGCAGGUGGCGCUCUGCCAGAUCAUGGUCCAGAUCGGUUCAUUUGUGCCUGCUGAGUACGCGUCCUUCCGCAUUGCGGAUCAAAUCUUCACCAGGAUCGGCGUGGACGACGACCUGGAGACCAACUCCUCCACCUUCAUGGUUGAGAUGAAAGAGAUUGCGUACAUCAUCCAUAACGUGAGUCAUCGCUCCCUGGUCAUCAUUGAUGAGUUGGGGAGAGGGACUAGUGCAGAGGAAGGGGUCGGCAUCUGCCACUCCAUAUGUGAAUUCCUGCUCAACAUGAAGGCGUUCACGUUGUUUGCGACCCACUUCCUGGAGCUGUGCCAGCUGCAGAGCCUGUACCCCAACGUAGAGAACCAGCACAUGCAGGUCGAGCACACACACGGCGAGGGAGCCGACCGGGUGGUGUACACAUACACGCUCAGCAGAGGGCAGUCGGACGAGAGGAACUACGGUAUCAGAGCUGCAGAAAUGACUUCUUUACCCAAAAGCAUCAUAGACGCGGCAAGAGAGAUAGCAGCCAAAGUCAACCGCAAAAUAUGGGCCAAACACCACAGUGACCCCGACAUCAUCCGCCAGCGGGCCGUCUACCACCUGGCCACGCGCCUGAUCCAGACUGCUCGCAACUCCCAGCUGAACCCCGACAGCCUGAGGCUCUACGUCCAGGGCCUGAAGAAGCAGUAUGAGGACGAGCUGAACGUGGCCGUAGAGGAAUGAAGCUGAGAGAGGACAAGCUGAACGUGGCCGUAGAGGAAUGAAGCCGAGAGAGGACGAGCUGAACGUGGCCAUAGAGCAAGAAAGCUGAGAAAGGGUUAAACACGCUGUAAAAGAGUGAAGCUGACAUAGGGCCUGGAGAAUAAGUAUGAAGAUGUUAUAAAUGUGCUGGAGAGGAGUGAAGCUGACAGGGCUAAACGUCUUGGAAAAGA